UCCGUUGCCAGGGCCACGCGGUUGCCAAGGCCGCGGCUCAACGCGGUGGCGGCCCCGCUGCCACCGUCCGGGCCCGCCGCCGCCGCCUGCCCCGGGCCGGCGCCAUGGUGAAGCUCGCUGCCAAGUGCCUGCUGGCAGGAGAUCCAGCUGUGGGCAAGAGUGCUUUAGCCCAGAUGUUUCGCAGUGAUGGGGCUCAUUUUCAGAAGAACUACACACUGACAGCGGGCAUAGAACUGUUGGUGAAGGCUGUAUCAGUUCCAGAGACAAGUGAUAGUGUGGAAUUCUUCAUUUUUGACUCUGCAGGAAAAGAUCUAUUUUCUGAAAUGCUGGAGAAACUGUGGGAGCAGCCCAACGUCCUGUGCCUUGUGUAUGAUGUCACUAAUGAGCAAUCCUUCAACAACUGUAGCAAAUGGCUGGAGAAGCUGAGGGCUCAAGCAGUUGGGGUGCACAUCCCAGGUGUCUUAGUGGGGAAUAAAACAGACCUAGCUGAUCGUCGAGUUGUGGAGCAGGAACAAGCACAGGAGUGGGCUGAGAAACAUGGCCUGGAAUACUGUGAGAUGUCAGUGAAGGAAAUGAAAAAUUUUGAGGCCCCAUUCCACAUUCUGGCAAAAUUAUUCCACCAACUGUACAAAGAGAAAGUGGAAACUUUUCACUCACUAGCCUGACUGGUAUGAUUUAUUUAUCCUCUAAGCUUCUUCUAGUACUGAGAAUCCUGCUGGAUUGAAUACAGAGAGGAGAAAAAAUAUGAGCUAUUUGCUACUUCAUGGUCAUCCUCUGGUAAUUCAAAAUAAACUAGAAAUAAGCAAGUGGAAAGACACUCUUCUGAAGCUGCUACCUCAGCAUUCCUUUCAUGUCUUCUAACUUGGUUCUCUGCUCAUUGAAAGUCUGCUAGGUUGGAGGAGGCGGAGAGUAAAAGGGGAGGACAGAAUGGAAAUUGCCAGCUCUUUGCUUUGAUAUCUUUUUGUCUGAACAGACUUCCUGCUGCUACAAGCAAGGAUUUAGAGGUUUGGAAAAGCAGAGAGGAAGCUGACAGGAUGUUUUUCGACUUAAGCCAGCCUUGAUGCAUACACUGCAGGGCAGGAGCGAUUUGGCCCUACCUCCUGAAAAGCAUCUUCAGGAGGACACUUACAGCCCUAAAAUCAACACCUGGAGACUGAGAUGUGUGGGGGCAGAGCUGGAUUUAGGUGUUUCCAGGAGUGCCCAGAGUCGGAGGCCAGUCUGAACGGUGUUGCCCUUAUCGGUUGUAGGAUUGAUAUGCUGGUGACUAACGCAUGUUUCUAGUUUCCAGAAUCUGUUUCUUUCCUUCGGCGUGGCUCACUGUCCCUCCCUGCUGGGACCAACCGCUGUCGCUUGGUGACGCAGUGCCCUCUGCUGGUCCCAGGUCACAGGAGUUCUCCGGAGGCUGCCACCUCCCUUGAAGUGAGCGGGAAGGGCUUCCUGCAGCCGCAUCCAAACUGGAUAAACUGCAGAGCGGAGUCAAAUUGCGAGAAUACCUUUUCUAUUUUAAAGGUUGAUCUAAAACUUAUAAAAAAUUACCUUUUCUUCUUCAUGUCUUUAUCAUCUUUACAUAUUGUUGUGUCAUUUUUGUCAGCCGAAUUUGGCAAUACCAUUCUAAUUAGGUGCAGUUCUCAAUCUGAAAAUCAGAGUCCUCUUAUUAAAGUCUCUCUGCUUGUCAUUGAAUUUCAGAUAAAAGACCAUGGUUCUGAUGUUGCUAGUGGAAACAGAACUAAGGAAAUGAAAGUCAGCCUGGCUAAGUUACUCUGACUCAGCUGUGUCUGGCUAGAAGUUUCAUAUUAGAAAGGGUAAAAGCCUAGAGAGAGGUGCUCCUUUGUGUGCAGUACUGAUGUUGCAUAUGUAAGAGUCUUUGCUAAUGCAAUAUGCAGAAGCACCUGUGGUGAGGUCCUGCCUUGUAACUGAGCCUAACACCAAGAAUUUCAAAAAUUUAACCAUUAUCUUCCAGAUUAUGGUAGACCCCCUUAGGCAAGGGAAGCUGAGUUUUGUAGAGACUAAGCACUGAGUGAUUUUUCAGGCAGUCUUUUCAGGAAUCUGUGUUUCAAGACUUUUAUAUGUGUGGUUUAUAAUAAUUUUUAUGCCCAGUGCUAGGAAAAGUACAUUAAAUUGAACAUAAGAAAUAUGGCUGCAGAUGUUGCAGCAGAGUUUAUGAAGCACUUCAAGAAUCUGGAGAAGCACUGCCCUCAUUUCACUGGCAACAGUGUGUUGAUGCUGGGAACUCACUAGGGAGCAUGAAUACCAGUUAAAGAGGAUGAGUAGGAGCUCGAAUCUACAAGAAGUGAAAACAAGAGGUCCUUUUGCUAGAAGCCAACUCAAAAAUGGCAGAACAAGGUGGGAAAGCUCCUGCUUUCUCCUAAGAAGGAAGGGGUCCUCCGUGAACUUGGGGUAACAAGAAGACUCACUCUUUUUAAAAUUGGAUUAGCAUUACUGGCAUUUGUGUCUUACAUGGGUUGUCUUGUUAAUCCUGGGUAUUUUCUGUUGAUUUACAUAGGCUGUAUAGAUGCUUGCUUGCAGGUGCUGAUGUCUCUGACUAGUAAGAAUAAAAGCUAUUUUGGAUGCUGUGCUGAUCUUGUUAAAGAACUAAAGAAGGUUUGUUUUUAUUUGGUAUUUCAUUUCCCCCUGCUUCCAUUGAUGAUGUGAUCACGAAACAAGACACAUAUUUUUUCCUAUUGAAAAUAACAUAGCAGACGUGUAUGUCACCUGUGACAUUGUGUAUCUAGGGGGGAUGAAUGCCUUGGGAAUAGGUAAUAAAAUGAAUUCUGUGCAAUCUUUAACCAGGGAGCCCAUCUCUCUGCACCUGAAGGACCUCCCAUAAAUUCAAAUAAACACUAUGAAUGCACCAGUAAGACUGGUGAAUGCUGUUUUAUAAAAUAAAUGUAAAAGCUGGAGGAGCUCAUUAAGGGAAUGUUUGCAGUGGUGAUUUGUGAUUUAUAGGGAAGCUGCUUUUGAGAAGUUAGUGAAGAAAAAUGCUGCCCAUGCAGGGAAAGAUGUAUUGCCUAAGAGAGGAAAUGCAUGAUGUAAUUACCUUAUAGUAGGGAUUCACCCACUGCCCCUCUCCCUCUUCCACAGACCACAACUACAAUUAGAAAAGAAAUCGUGUCUAAAGUAUGUUGUCCAACUUGCUUUUUACAGGACUAUUUCAAGCACUAAUGUGGACACAAUUUAAUGCCUUUCAAAAUAGCGUGUUUGACAAUAACAAUCUCAGCCACUUCAAAUGCAUUUUAACAGCAUAACAUAUUGUCCUUCCUGGGCAAUGUGCUGUAUAAUACCAGCCUGAUGCAAGUGGUGGUUGUUGCUAUUUUCCUGGCUUAAAUGUGACCUUGGUUGUAGAGGCUAUGAGAGCAGAGGGGGUAAAAAACAUGGGAGCCAAACAUGGGAAGGUUGUGGGAAAUAGUUUUGUCUCUGUUUGAAGGAGUUCAGGGUAGUGACUAAGUGAGCUGGACCAGCAGGAUGAGUAAGAGUCUGGAGCCAUUAUUAAGUUUCUUCUCCCUGUUUACUAACUGUGGCAGUCACAUCUGUAGAAUGAGGAUGCAUGUUUACUGCUUGUAGGCUUAGCAUCAGUCUGAAUUACAGAUGCUGUGGAGAACAGUGGGAGAAAGACAGGAAGCCUGUCUUCUGACCAGGAGGCCUCUUGUUUUCUUACAGCUCCCCUGCUUUGUCCAGCUGUGCAGUGCUGCAGGUGCUCAGCAUGAGUGUUACAGCACAGAAAAGACCCAGCUCAACCAGAACUGAAAUUUCAAAAGAAGGGGAAGGAAACAAACACGCCUUUAACUGGUUUUAAUAGAUAUGUAGUCCUUUUUCCUGCUUGCUUGUUUGAUUAGACAAAACCAUUUCUUUCCUCCCAGGAGUCCCUCCUUCUUACCUUUCCUUUGGUCCUCAUGGGUCUGCACAGAAUCUCUGUUAUACUUGUGCCCUGCUUUACUUAGCUUGAUACAUCACCAGCUGAUUUUUUUUUUUUUAAUCCUUCUAAUUUCUGCAUUAUCUAUUCCCAAGGCUGCAAGACAUUUCUUCUUAGAUUAAUAGACUAAAGGAAACAAAAGUGGAAUUUUUAGACAAAUUGUCUUGGAAGAAAAAGCCUUAAGAAGCUGUCUGACAUUCUGAAAUUUUACUGGAAAUUCGUUUGUGUAAAGUUGUCAUAUUAAAGAUGCUUUAAUGGU